AUGGCUCUCCGCUUCAAUGGCAUCCGGAACGAAUGGUUACCUUUAAAAACUAUGCUGUCUGCAAAACUGCAGAACAAUUUAACAAGUUAGUAAACGAAGGUCCGCGCACUUAAAUAGAUACACCCGAUUUUCUACAGCGAAUCUAACUGUUCGAGUUUUUUCUGUUUUGGCAGAGUAAUGGCUAUUUUGGUUUUCCAUCAGUUGGGGAUUUGCAAGCCCCGUUCACGUUAAAUAUCCUUCUUCUAAACCCCUGAGCCUGUUCUGCUUACUCAACAAAUCUGUAAUUUCAUCAUUGGCUGUGCACGUGUGCAUACUUGUUAAAAAGCCACAAUUUCAGCGUUAUUAGAUGUGAUUGAACUCGCGUCGGCCAGCGGGGCCUCCUAGUUCAGGUGGUUAGAGCGUUGGCUGUACUAAAACCUUCACCUUACCGCCGUGGGUUCGAAUGCCACCGAGGAGCCGAGUUUUUCAUGGUUGAGCCAAUAUGAAUUUUUUAACUUUGUUUGUUUUUCACGCUGUUUUAGCAGAAGGACGCCAUCUUGAGGGGUGAUCUGUUAGAUUUGAUAAUCUCUGAUUUUUAUUGGUCGACAACAUCAUGCAACCUCCAUUUUUUUGUCAUUACGAGGCCUCUGUGGUGCAUAUUAGCCAAUCUAUUUCGACCGAGCAGAUAUGAAAUUCAGCUACGCUGAUUAAAGAUAGUCUGCACAUUUCCUGACGAUAUCCGUUUUUGGGCUUUUAGUCAUGCAUCUCAUAUGCUUCUCGGUCUACACCUGCAGUUCACUUUUAUCCGAUUUCUCUCGUUUACUUUCGCUUCCACAUUCUAUCGAUUCGUUUCACUGCACUUGCGCUCCGCCUGAAAUCUCUUUUCCGGAGAUUACCCAACGUUACAGUAAGUAGGCUAAGUCAUGAAAUGUCAACCGAAAUUUCAAAAUGCGUUCUCGUAUCGAAAAGAUUAAUUAAGUAGGGUUGUAUAGCUAAUUCUCAUGCAGAAACUUUUUUGAAACCGAACUAUACCCUUCUUUAGAGUAUAAAAUUGGAAAAAGACGUGAUUUUCUGCCGAACAAAUAAAAGAAUGAAUAGUUUAGGCAUGUUUUCCGUGAAAUAUAAUUUAAUAUUUAAGGGCAUUGAAAAUCAGUGGGAAAAUUGUAUGCUACUUAAGUAGUCCGUUUUUCAGAGCAUAGUUAUUGCAUGCAGUCGGAAAUAAAUUAAUUCGAAAGCUGACACCCUGUGGUAGCUGGAUCAUUAUAUCAUUAUGCUGCACGAGGACUAGUUUUACAGCCCUACUUAAUUAAUUUUUUCGAAACCAGAACGCAUUUCGAAAUUUCGGUUGAAAUUUCAUGAGUAAACCCAUCCACUGUAUAUCAAAUUGGCCGCGUCAGAACACUGAGGCCCUCUCCUUCUGUUCAUUCUGUGGGUAGAGGUGCAAGUCGACUACCACUAUAAACCAACUCACGUACAAGUCACCGUGCCUGCUCUCAUCCUGCUGUGGAGCAUACGGUGGACAUCGUCGACAAUGGCGAUCGAACUGUCGGUGCUUUUGUAGUUUAGACGGAGACAAUGAACAGCAAGAGGUGCUCAUAUUUCGUUCGUGGAAUUGUUGUUGGUUCAGAUCUGUACAUACGAAAAGGCUCUUAUUUUAUAUCAGACAGGGGACGCAGUGAAGUCUGUCAUAAGCGGGCAGCAAUUUAUGUGCAUUUCUCCAGGUCUGCCGCAACGUUCUUCUUCAUUGCCAACCUUCUGAAUUUAAUCUUUCCCGAGAUAAAGAUUAGAUUGGGAAGUGAGAGAGAGAUGGAGGGAUACUAGUGCCGCGCAAGCCCUUCAGAUCUGAAUCGAAUUCUUACGAGUCAUCUUCAUCACAGUCACCUCAAUCGCGAAGAACGGCAAUCCCCAGGUCUUUAGGUUGAGAGUUACCUCUCCAUCUAUAGAUGACCUAGCUUGCUCACUGAAAGUCGGCGAGCGGUCGUUGAAUUUGGCUGCUAGCUCUAUGUCAUGAAGGAACCCUGCUCAGUUGAAUAAUAUAGACCCACUCAAUGGGAAUAGGUUGGAAAGUUGCCUCGAAGUUGAGCUACAUAACCUUUCCGUCAUCUGGUCGUGAUUUCUCUCAAGAGACCCCCAUACUUCUGCCAAAAUGCUAAUGUUUGUUAUUCUAGCUGCCUUGGCUUCCCACUUUCCUUUAGAUGUCUCGACGGUCAGUCGACAAAAAAGAACGGAAUGAACACCUGACCUGUAAAACUUAGAAUGCCAUUCCAUGAAAGGAACUUUGCCACAAAUACUGACAGGUAUGUCCUACAAGGUCAGACUACCAAUAUGUGAGGGAGACAUUUCUAAGAACAAAUGCACAUCCUAAUUGUUUCUACUUCGGAAGUAGACAAUAUCACUCCUGUUGGAGACUUCAAAACUCGUGUGGAUACAAAACAUAUCCGGUAGAAGCGAACAGGUAGGUUUCAGAAAGCCGUUCAGAAGAUGAAGAAGAAGAAGAAGAAGAAGAAGAAGAAGAAGAAGAAGAUGAUGAUGAUGAUGAUGAUGAUGAUGAUGAUGAUGAUGAUGAUGAUGAUGAUGAUGAUGAUGAUGAUGAUGAUGAUGAUGAUGAUGAUGAUGAUGAUGAUGAUGAUGAUGAUGAUGAUGAAAAAGAAGCGAUCAGUGGAACAAGAAGUUUAUUGGCUUGA